GACGUUCUGGCGUCUCCAGUAGCCGUUGACGGCUCCUCCGGAGUGGUGACGGUUUGAUCUGUCUCUCAUUCUUUUUUCCCCCCUUUUUUUGUUUAAUAAUUUCAAUUUGGCCCGUUUCUUAAACCCGGCUAACUUCAAUUUUAAUCCAUAUUUUCACACUACAUUAGAGACACCCGGCAGGACGAGCCCAGAGAGAGGCACGUUUCCAGGGGUGUAGAAGGAACCACCGUACUCAAUGACCUUCCAGCGCGAUGUCCGAUCGUUUGGGGCAAACUGCAAAGGGGAAGGAUGGAAAAAGCAAGUAUUCAUCGCUCAACCUCUUUGAUACUUAUAAAGGAAAGACCUUAGAAUCACAGAAACCUGUUGUUGCCCCUCGUCAUGGCUUGCAAAGUCUUGGUAAAGUUGCCUCUGCUCGGCGAAUGCCACCUCCUGCCAACCUGCCAAGUUUAAAAGCUGAGAACAAAGGAAAUGACCCCAACAUUUCAUUAGUACCUAAAGACGGAACAGGAUGGGCAAGCAAGCAAGAAACUCCAGACCCAAAGAGUACCGAUGUGUCAUCAGUACCGCAGCAGGAAUCGCAGCAGCCUCUGGCUUCACAGACACCUGCCUUGAUCCAACAGAAACCAACGCCGGUGCCCGAGAGUUCAGUUUCUUCAGCAGUAGGCGGAGCAAGAUCCUGGGCACAGGCCAGUGCUAUGCAUGGAACACAAGGAGAUGGUGGAAAGGGAUUAAACCAACCAUCGCCAUUCUCUCGCGAGGAAUUUCCUACCCUGCAGGCGGCUGGGGACCAGGACAAAGCUGGCAAAGAACGGGACAUUACAGAUCAGUCGUAUGGGCCCGGACCAAGCCUCCGCCCCCCAAAUGUAACCAGCUGGCGGGAGGGUGGUGGUCGUGCUUUAACUUCGAUCACACCCGGGGAAGGGGGAGAGGGAUGCGUUCCAGGAUCAGGGGGAGAAGUGGAAAGUGUUCCACAAAACCUUGGAGGCCCCCCUGUACCUCCUGCCACUGUAACUUCACAGAGAGCACCAGAACAGCAUCCUUCUAGGAAUCCCCCUGCCACCGCCACUGCGGGCCUUGCACUUCAGUCACAAGGAGUCCCGCCACAGUUUCCCCCUUACAGGGGCAUCAUGCCACCAUUUAUGUACCCUCCGUACUUACCCUUCCCUCCUCCAUAUGGACCUCAGGGACCAUACAGAUACCCUUCACAAGCAGAGGCACCCAAUAGAUUCCCACGUGUGACAGGACCCACUGGAGGAGGUCCUCGACAGGCACAGACCCCUAGGGUUACAGAAGUGAUAAAGCGUCCUUCAAUCCUUAAGCAGGAUGAUUUAAAGGAGCUUGAUGAAUUAGACCAUGAUGGGGACGAAGGAUGGGCAGGGGCUCAUGAGGAAAUUGAUUACUCUGCAAAGCUGAAAUUCAGUGAUGAUGAAGGGGAAGAGGAGGUAGAAGAUGACAAGGGAGAGAGUAAUGCUAACUGGGAAUCUCCAGAAUUGCGUCCCCAGGAACCGCAACGCUCACGCAGUGCAGACUGCACAGGUGAAAGUCGGAAGAGCACUUCCAGUGAGGAGACUCCUCAAAUCAAAUGUGCCUGGACAGAAGAAACAAGAGAACAAGUCACAAUACCUGCACAGCAGUCUCAAAUCCGAGCAGGAGGAAGCAAUUGGGGACAUCCUAAUGAUUAUCAGGAAAGGCCAGUGAACCAAGUUUCUUCCAGUCAAAAAGGUACGCAUGUGACCCAGACUUUACCAGUUCAGGGUGCUGCACCAAUGGUAACAGGAUCUGCUGGAGGUGAGGAUGAAGAUGAAACAUGGCGGCAGCGUAGGAAGCAGUCAUCUUCUGAGAUAUCUGCAGCAGUGGAGAGGGCUCGUCGCCGCCGUGAAGAAGAAGAGAGGCGCAUGCAAGAAGAGCGCAGAGCAGCCUGUGCUGAGAAGCUCAAGAGACUUGAUGAAAAAUUUGGUGAGAAGCAGCGUCAAGAAAAAAAUGGCAGAACAGCAUCUACAGGAGGAGGAGAUAAUGGAGUUACUGUAGUUAACACUGUUAGUCCUGUCCCACCACCUACUGAGUCGGAGAAAGAGAUACAGGAAGCAGCGCCAGUGAUUAUUAUUAAUCACAGGCAAAGAGCUAGCAGCAGCAGCAGUAGUUUUGACUCCAAUCCAGCUGAACCCCAGCCACCUCCCCCCAUACAACAAGAGGUGAAUGAAGUAAAGGAGGAGACAUCUGUGAGUAGGGUAAGCGAGAGUUCCAAAGCUGAAAUAGCACAGACUCGUCAAGUGAUAUCAACACAAAGCUACUCCAAGUACCAAAAGUCAUUGCCUCCCAGAUUUCAGAGGCAGCAGCAGGAGCUAAUGAAGCAAUGGCAGCAGCAACACAGUCAGCCAGCACAGAGCCAGCUACCUCUGCCUGGCCCUUCUCAGCAUCAGACUCAAAUUCAGACUCCUCCAAAUGCUCCUCAACAGAGCAGUCAGGGCCCAGGUUGUCCUGGAGCAGGUCUGACUCUGGCCACAGGUCCACAAGGUGCUCCUAAGCAAACUAUGUAUCCAGGUUCCAUAGGAAGAGGCCCGCCUCUGCCCCACAUGAAUUUCGACCCACGUUGGAUGGUUAUACCGCCAUACAUGGACCCUCGUAUGAUUCAGGGGCGACCUCCACCAAUGGAUUACUUUCAGCCUGGCAUGCAUCCUUCAGGUAUGAUGGGUCGCGAGCGGUCAGACAGUGGUGGCUCUGGAUCAGAUCCUUUUGACAGACAUCCCACAUUGUUGCGUGACAGAGGAACUCCUCCUGUUGACCAAAAGAUGGCUUGGGGGGCUGAUGUUUUUGGAGCAACUCCUGAAGUCCGACCACAUGGGUCUCCAUUAAGACAGCAACAUGAAGAUGAAGAUAAAGGAAUGAGGAGUGACACUCCUCCUAUUCAUCUUCGAGAUGGAAGCUUGCAGCCACCACCUCCUCCACCGCUUCCCCCUCCUCCUCAAACAUCUCAGCAUCAGCAACAUCACCACCACCUUUCCCAGGGCCCACCUCAGCAAGCUGCACCUGCGCAAUCUUUCAUGGGUGGACGUAAUUUUCAGCCUUUUCCAGAAAAUGGCAGUCGACCUCCACGGGGCACAGCUAUACACCAUUUCUCACACGAAGAAGGUCCUCCAAGGUGUAACUCAGCCGGUGUACCCAGUACUCUUUGGGGUGGAACUCAUCCCCUUCAAACCACAGAAAGUAACCUAAGUGGAGGUCGAAAUGGACACACAGAUUUGUCCCAGGAGCCCCAACUGCAGACUCCCAUUGUAUCUAUUGCUUCAUCUGCUUCUGGCCUUUCCAGGGAGAGUGCUGAAACACAGAAAGUAGACAACUGCAGAGAAACAUCUAAUAAAAGUAAGGUUGAUAUAUGCAGAGAUGAACCUUUACAAAACAAACAUCCACCAGCUCAAAUUAAUCAACAAGAAGAAAUAGGAGGAAGAAAGUCUGAAAAAACUACCAGCACAAAUGCUGGUAGCACUACACCCCAUCACCACCAUCACCACAAACCGCAACGCAACAGAGAACAUAAAACUGAGACCCAUUGGGGUCCUCGGCCAGGUAGUACUGCCACAAGUGGCAGGAGAAGUGGUGGAGCUGGAGUAGAGGAAACUGGGCAAAACUUUGCAGCAACUGCAGGACCUGGUGGUGAUAAGCCUCAGCAGAAUCAGUUACAGAUUAAACGGGCAGGUCCAAUCAAACGUCCAAUUUUGAAGGAGCUGAAACGUGAGGGAGAGGGGGUUUUGGAAGAAAAGUGUAUAAAAGAAAAAGAAGAACCACCUCAACAGCUGCUAUCAGUUCCUCAGCAACAACAGUCAUCCUCAAAAUUAGGAGUCUCUGAUUCAAAUUCUGCUCCAAUUUCUAAUAAUAGAGAUGAACAGAAACAAAAAAAUGUUGCAAAAGAACGUUCUGGAAAACCUGGAAAGGAUAAUGAUGGAUAUUCUGUUGGACGUCGUGACAGAGAGAGAGAUCGUGAACGAUCUGAUGAUAGGGGUGUGGGUGGUGGAGGUUAUCCAACUUCAAGAGGUAGCAGGGGUAGUCGAGGAAGGGGUGGUGAGUAUUAUGGUCGAGGACGUGGCUAUCGAGGAGCAUAUGGUGGGAGCCGAGGAAGAGCUGGUAGUCGUAGCAGUCGCGAAUACAGGGGGGGAGGAGGAGGAAGUACUACAAGUUGUCAUCAGGACUCAUUUUACAAAGGGUUAGAUGGUGAAAGUGGACGAACUACACAGUCUCAACCAUCCCACAAUGCAGGAUUUAGAACUCGCAAUCGCAGUGAGACACGAAGUGAGGGCUCAGAGUAUGAGGAAGUGCCCAAACGUAGGAGGCAGCGGGGCUCAGAAACUGGCAGUGAAAGUGCAGCCAGUGAUUUGGCACAUUCAGAUAAAGAAGAAAGAAAGCCCAAGACUGGUACAGCUGUAGUAGUUGGGACUGGAGCAACACAACUAUCAGCAGGUCAUCAGCAGCCUCAAAGCACAGAAUUGUCACCACAGCAAAGUAUUCCUAAUUCUCGAAAUCCUGGAGGAAGAGUCUUUACCCCAAGAGGUGUGCCCUCACGAAGAGGUCGUGGAGGCCUAUACAGAGGAGGAGCCGGGAGCAGACCACCACCUGCUGUUUCUGCUACCACUUGGGGCCAUGUUUCAAAAUCUAUUUCAUCAUCAAAUAGAAAACAGUCACAUCAAUCUUUAAAUCAUCAGCAACAAACUCCCCACUCUUUGAAAGAAAAUAAAGAUACAAAAAAUGAUAAACGAACAACAGAGAAAAUUGAGCAAGCAUCUCUGGUUCCACAACAGCAGCCUCUUGUUAAUCCAAACCCUAACCCCUCACUUAUCCAUAACGAAAAGCUCCCACCACGCUCGUUUGAAAGACCUCCACGUCGAAGACGUCAAGGCAGGUCCCAGCACCAGCAGGACAAGCCUCCUCGUUUUCGUAGACUAAAACAGGAACGGGAAAAUGCUGCACGAAUGAAUGGAGAACAGCGUAAUAUUUCUGGACCAGUGCCUGCUCCCCAACAAUCUUUGUCACAGCAUACUCAGCCUAAUAUGCAGCAUCAAACAUUAAAUGCAGCAGCUUCACAACAGCAAGAAACUGGCAACAGUUCUAGUAUCCUUCAUAGUAACAGCAACAGUGGUCCUCAUAAUCAUCAUCCAUAUCAGUCUGUUUCACAACAGCAACACCAAAUUCCCAAGGAGCCUCUUCGAAGCCCAGUAGGAACAAAGUCCCCUGAUCUUUCCAACCAGAACUCUGACCAAGCUAAUGAAGAGUGGGAAACUGCUUCUGAGAGCAGUGAUUUUGCUGAUCGCAAGGAAAAGGAAGGUCCUGGUGGAGGUAGACCACAUCAUCAUACAAGUGGUGGUAGUGGUGGUCAGAGAGGAAACAUGGAAAUCUCCCCCAAAGAUGCGGCUGCAGCUGCUGCUGCUGCUGCAGCAGCCAAGCGAAGUUUCUCCAGUCAGAGACCGGGAAUGGAAAGGCAAAACAGAAGGUCAAACCCAGGAGGAGGUGGAGGGGGUAGACCUGCACGAACCGCAGCUGGUGGUCCUGGUAGCAGCAACAGCAGCAGCAACCGUGGCGACAAACGCAGCGUCAAUUGGCCGUCGCCGAAAAACAGAAAGCCUACAGGAGAUCGCUCUCCUGGCAUUAACCCUCCAGUUCCUCCCACCAGUAGUGCAGUGUAUCGGCUGGAUAGAGUGGUGCCAUCUGAUGCCUCAGCCAUUCAGCGGGCAAUUGCAGAAGUUCAGGCUCGCCAUGUCUUACAACUUCCAGGCUGUAAAGAUUCAGUGCAAAGAAGUUAUCCUUAUGAUCCUAAGUUCUUCAAAAAUCCAAAAGUUGGUUUUUACCACAUUCAGUCACAUUGCAAACCAAAAACUUUGACUGGCAGAUGUGAGCUGCUACAGGAAUCUUUGGGGUCUCUUCAAUCUGCUUUACCAGAAGGUCAGAAUAAAGAUGACAGGCUGGUGUUGUCAAAAUUAACAUCAAGCAAGCUGGAAUCUCACAGCUGGAAAACAUCAGAUACAGGGGCCUCAGUUGUGACCUCUACUGCCAUAAUGGAUCCUUGGCUCAAGCCUCUGGACAUGUUUGAGGAUAGUAUUGAGGUAAGCCAGUCAGACAGUGGUGUUGACAUUGGCAGUGAUGUCACAGAUUGUUCAAGUAGCUCAAGCCAGAGAGGUUCCCCUCAUUGUAGUGUGGCACCUCACCUUUCUGUUGUGGACAAUAGUGGAAAUUCAUCUACUGGUGAGCAUUUGUCUCUAAAGGAAAGGCAGAAGCCAAACAGUCUACAGCCUGGAACACCGAUUCAACCGGAACAUUAUGGACCUGUCACAAAUCAUCACCAAUUUCAGAGUCAGUCUCCAGGAACUUCAACAAGUUUAUCUCCUUAUGAACCUUCCAUGCAUCUAAACACUGCUUAUCCUACUCAUUCACAUGAUUUUCGAGCUCCACAGCACUACAUUCAGCCAGCUGUCAGCCUUUCUCCAUCCGUAAAAGGAAGCCAGUAUGCAAUGAAUAGUGUUGCAUCACAUUCUUCUGUCAGUCCUGCUACUCAAAUGAAGAAUGAUCACUUUUUGCAUCCAGGACCUAAUUCUCUUACUCCAGUUCUUUGCUCAAGCCCCACACCUCCAGUCAAAACCAGUGGGUACACUCUGGGCACAUUGACCCACUUCCCUACAGAGAUGACCAAAGCUAUGUCCUAUUCUGGAACCGGCUAUAUGUACACCCCACAGCUCUGUAGAAGUUCUUCUAUGGUUGAUGCCCGUCUUAUGCAGGUCCUGGUUCCCAUGCUAGAGUGCCCUAUGGCAGCAUAUGGUGCACCCACUCUGCCGUCUUCAUUUAAUUCACAUAGUCCCUUGACAUCUUCGCCUCAUGGAGUACCACAGCUUUCUGCUAUGGAGUUAAACUCUCUUCAGAUGCCCAGACGGCAGGCACCAUUUCCCCAGCUGUUUGGGCGAAUUUACAAUGCUGCUCCUCUCACUCCCUCAAUGGCAGUAGCGGAGACAAAUUCACGACAGGUGGUGCGAAGGUCCCUUGAUCAACAGAUGAAUCAAAGUAACAUAGACGGAGAAAGAGCAUCUCAUGUGGCCAGAGACUGGCAAUCCAUGCUAGGGGUCCAUUCAAAAUCUGAGACGCCACCUCCUCAAAAACAGAAUUAGUUAUUCACCAAAUGUUGGAUGACUAAUAGAUAAGUAGACUGAAAUGCAGGUUAACAUUAAGGGAUGAAAAAUUGUGCACCCUCUGUGAGACCUAUUUAUAGGUCUUUGAUAACUGACUUAAAUAAGUAAUGAGAAUAAGAUGGACAGAAGGGGAAGCCGAAUUCCCUAAAUUUAUACGCAGACCCAAAGAUGAGCAUCAACAAAAGAUUUUUAUUGUUUGAACUUAAAUUAAAUAUAACCAUAGAUGUUGCAGUCAACGUAUCCUGGCGUUUUACUAGCUGAUCCAAAUUGUGUAUGUUUAAUAAGAAAGAGGUUUUAUUUGUGAUAUGUAAUGUUACAGGGAGAACACCAUUCUCGAUACUUAUCAAAUUAAUCUUUUUUUUUUUCUUUUGUUUUUGUCAAACCUCCCCAAUUUACAGUUCAACUCACGACGAGUGACAAAAAACUCGAAAUUCAAUAACAUGUCCGUAGUGCAACUUUUAUAUAAAGUACAAUGACCUGUUAGUAAAGCAGAUGCAGUAGAUAACUGGAUCUGCUACCAUCUUUCACAUUUUAAAUGAUAUAGCACUAGGCGAGGAUGAAGUUCUAUUGCAAGAAAUCCAGUCUCCUAACCUUUGUAUACCAGUUGCUCACUCCAUCUGAAAAUAAUAAAAAUGAAGAAGCAGUGGAGGUGUGGGUGCGGAUGUUUGUGUGUAUGCCGUGCAGAUGUAUGUAAGAAUGUAAAUAUCUCUCCCCUCUGAUGUAUCUUGAAGAACACUCAUCAAAAAAGCAUGUACACAAGCUUUUUGGAAGAAUGUGGGAAUCAGGACCAUCGUGUGUGUUUGUAUGCAACACCUGCUGGGGUAAUUGUUAUGGUUUUGUCUUUUCAUAAAGUUCACUAGUGUAUGAAGCUUGAUGAAGCUUUGCAGGAGUGUUUGUCGUCUUGCAUUUUUCUUUGCAAUGCAUAUGUGGGUCCCAGUAAUGAUGAACUGUAGAUUCUCGAAUACUGCUGACAUAGGCCAUAGGAAAGCCAACAUAAAAAGUAAAUAUAGUAACAUAUGCUAGAACUAGUUACUGCAAAUAUUAUGAAUAUGUACUACAGGCGUAUUCCAUAUUAAAGAUUGGGACAUAUUAUUUCUAACAAAUUAUUCCUGCAGAGUUCCAUCACAUAAGAAUGUAAAUUUAUUGGGAGCAGUCUGCCUCCAAAGAUGAAUUAUUUGUCUUAAUUGCUUAUCUUAAAUAUGAAGUGAAAUAAGGAGCAUUGAUGAUUUACAAUUUAUGUCUAUAUCUUUUUCCAUAAAGCUUUUCAGACUUCUCAGUUUUGUUUUUUUUUUUUUGGUAAACGAAGUCACUGAUGCAAGAUUUCAUGGCUACAUGCAUCUAACAUAAGCUUCCCAGACAACUCACCUUGAUUGUGUUUUAUUUAUGAACCAUAUUUUUUCACUCUGUUUUUGCAUUAUUGCUAAUUCACACCAGAUCUCUUAAAGAUUACUGGGCACUCCCCCAUUUAUAAUUAAACUGACUAAAAACUAUUUAAGUUUUAGUUUUGUUUUUGUUUACCAAGUUAGAAAACUGUGAAUGUAGUUGCAGCUGUUUUGUGCUUUCUUCCAUGAUUGAUUAAAAUGUAUCACCUAUUAGACCCACUAACUACUAUCCCAUUAAGUUCAGUGUUCAUAACAUUUUAUUAUAUUGCAACAAGCUCAUUAAUAAUGCACUCUCCAUUUGCAUGUUCAUGACAGUUGUCUAGAAUGACAGCUGCUUAGAGUUGAGUCUAUAGGGAUUGAAAAUUCUGUUGCUAAACUGUUUAAAGUGGAAACUCUCAAGCAAGUGUCCACAUUAGAAAUAUUUGGGAAGGAAAGUAAGUGGAAAAUUACACCAAAGUAUUUCCAUAAAUAAAUGAAUAUACAGAAAUGUCUGAGUCUAUUGAGUCUGACAUAGGACUUGCAUUUAAGACAGACACGUGUCUAGUAGCAUUGCUAUUGUUCACUGAAGAUUAAUCACUUGAAGGGUGCAUUCACCACAACGUGCAAUUCUUUUAAUCAUUACUAGUCAGCAUGGUGGACAGAACCCACAGAGAAGGCUGCAUUAAUGCAAUGUUAAUGUUUAUUUUAUUUUUGUUGCAUUAAGAAACACCUGGUUUUGAGACAAGAUGUGUAAAGUUGGUGAACAAGCAUUCGAUUAAACACUUGAACUUUUUGAUCUCCCUAAGUUGUCACUGAGUUAUUGGUCAAAAAGGAAUCGAAGAGUUAAUGCACGGUAUUGCUGAGACCUGUCAAAUACGUUUUGUUUUUCUUCUUCUUGAGUGGGGGCUAUAUUUUGAGUGUCAAUUUUGUACAGUAUACUGAGUUAUGGUCCACUGCUGUACGCUAGUACUGUAUGUGAAAACUGAAUGCAAAAUUUGAAAUAAAUAUAAAAGUCAAUAUUAA